AUGCAGGCAUUCGUUCAAACCAUCAAGCAAGCCAAACUGGCUUAUUCUGAAUCAUGUCCUCUACUUGACGCCAGGUGUUCCAGUGUUAGCUUGCGUUUUUCCUGUUCUGUUCGCCUAACUAGCCAUGUAUCCGUCCAUCCCGCUGAUGUUAUUCCUUUUGAGAAACGCUUGCAGCACAAGAUAUCUGCCUUAUUAUUGUCUGGCAAGGAUGCUUUCACAGGUGGAACAUUCUUUUGGGACGGCAGUCACAAUGGCAUCUCUUGGUCCAACAAGUGCUCAGUUAGGGUUCAUCGGCUUACCCCGACAGGAUCCACUGAGGAUAUACAGGGCACAUUUAGCUUCUCUUCGUCAACUCUUGCCUCCUCAACUUUCCAGCCCAUCCUGGCCCUAUCUUAUAGGCUUUCUCCUCACCCCAAAAAGCUUUUCCACUGGCCAGCCGGAUUACCAGGCUACAAAUUGACUCGUAUCCACACGGGCAUGCAAUAUAAACUAAUAUGGGAUGAGGGCGCCGACAAGAGGUUCCGAAAGCUAGUGGUGUGGUUGCUCUCCAAAUUGGCCUCACAAACAUCUGCCCUCCCUUGCACACUUAUACAUUCUGGCCAUUGGUCUACUUCUCCCUGCUCGGCGGUUUCACUGCAAAAGGUGGAGUCAAAGGGGGUGCGUGAGAUCCCGAGGCAGGACACUUCGGACCGGCAUGCAUUACGGGCUCUGCAACAAAACGGCCGGCUGUAG